GAGUGCUCUUAACAAUCUUCACAAAUAAAAAAUCAAAUAACUACUUCCUAAAACGGAUAUCCGGUUGUGUUGUUUAUCAUGUGAUAAUUAGAUUGGACAUUUAAGAAGAUCAAACUUUAAAAUGAAUAAAUUUGUGAUUAUUGCUGCAUUGUUUGUGGCCCAGUGCUGUUCUCAACAGCUUCAUGUCAAGCAUGCGCCAUCUUACAUUGUAUUCCAGCAGCAGACGGAUGACACACCCAUUAGCUCAAGUGACUUGCAUAAAGUUUUGUCCGGGCCCUUGGGUCUAGAUAAGAGCAAUCCCAUCAUUCAGUCCAAGUCAGUACUGAAGAAACCGAAAGCUAAUGUACUGUUGACUGUUGUCACACACAAAGAUCAGCAACUUCCGUUAGACAGUCAAACAAGUUUCAAAGUGGAUUGGGAUGUCCCAUUUGUUGAUGUCGAACACAUGAUGAAUAAUCUGCAAGCCAAGUUUUUGGAUAAGGACCCACUCAUGUUGGAUCUCGUCUCUAAAGAUCAGUUUUUUGAUGUUAAAACAAGCUCCGAUCUGUUUCAAUCUCUGCCUUCAUCCAUGAGAUCUGCCCACGAUAGGCUGCUGGAUUCCGACUCAUUUUUGGCCAAGAUUGGGAAGCCUUUGCAAUCUUCACCACUCAAUGUCAGCUAUUCAUCCGAUGGGAUUCUCUUAGGGGAACUUCAAGUCUUAUCUGAUGCCAUUGCUACACUCAAUAAGAAUUCAGCAACUCUCAAGACCAAAACCCCUGACCUCCUGUCCUUCACCUUGACAGGAUUAAAAAGUGUUGGGGAAGAACAUGGAGCAGAUUCUGUCCAGUCCAGAGCAGCAGUGGAAUUGUUUCGGACACAUUUGAACAAGCUGACAGAAGACUUGAAAUCUUUCUACAAAAACAAUGUUUUGGUGGAAGUUCUGGUGGUGCCCAAUGUGGACACCGCCAAGGUCAGGAAGACAAGAAGUUUAAUGGCAGCUAAAACAUUUGAUCCCAACAAACUGAAUCUUGAGAUAGACUGGUACAAGGAUUACCCUGCUUCCUUCAACAUUGUCAUCUGGCUGAUCAUCAUUCUGGCCAUCACCGUUUUCUUUGUGGCUUACGGCAUCUGGAACAUGAACCCGAACUUAGAAUCUAUACUGUACAGGGUACCCCAGGAUGAGUUAGCUAAAAAGAUUAACUAAAAUUGACUUUUUUUUUUUCCUCUUUUCUGUUUAAGUUACUAGUUGCAAUUCAUGUCAUUCAAAACUACAAACAAUGUGAAACUAGAUGUCUAGUAGUCAAAUGGAUGUUUCAUAAACUUGAAUAGAAAGUGUAAUCUCAGUAGACCUGUUGAUAGUGGAUGCAUUCUUAACUCCUUUUCGUUUAAAUUGUAAACAUCAGAAUUUAAAUUCUAGUACUGAUAUGUUUGACUUUCUAGGACUUGUGGUUUAUACAUUUUUUUUACAAAUAUAUUUAAUCUUGUAUGUAUGUGGUGAAAGAUGUCAGAUGGGGCUGAUUGGCCUCUGUUGCUAGGCUGGUUGGUAUAAAUGUUUUGAAAGAAUUCAUAAAUCUAUUUUACAGAAUUAACUCAUUAUUGCAACUUCUGACACCCUCUUUUUCUAUUUUUAAUGGUACAAUUCUUCUCUGAAAUUGACCCGUGAGUGCCGUAAUCCUGCAUUGCGGCCAUGACAUCUGAUUUGUGUCAUGGCUCAACCGAUGAGUUAUGGCUUUCUGGUCAGAAUAAUAACGAUUCGGGUGACACCAAACGGCUUGAUCACAUUCCAUGUAGGCAUCGGGUUCAUUCCCACAAAGUGAAAACCUAUUUCUAAAUUCCUCUCUACAGAUGUACAAAAGACCCCAACCCCUCAACAAUUAUGUGUACAUAUAAAAAGCUGUGAACUUCUAAAGGGUAGGAGAAGAGUGGAUGUUUGAAUUCCAUUCAAUGAACGCUUUCCAUGCGAGUUCUUUACUAAUGUAUUUCUGAAGUACGUUGGUAGGUAUGAAAUGUGAUUAAUUUUUGUAUAAUGGUACUGCUUGAUUAUCAGGAGAGUAUUUUUUUUUUUUUUAAAUUUACAUUGUACUGUGGUUUAAUCUAAUUAUGUAACUAAUCAAGGGCCAUAACUUUGUACAUUCAUGCUGUGUAGUAAAUAUUUAGUGUCACACAUUUGGUUGGUAAAUGCUGUAUGUCCAUCAUUUUUUUAUUCAUGUAGCAAAACUGUGAUUGGUUUCAUGAUGUGAUGACAAACAUUUCAUUUUGUGUCAUUGUGUUAAGUGACAGUGGUAAAUGAACAAAACUAGGUGUGUGUGUUUGAUUUUUUGUUAUUGUGUCUGUCACAGUGAGUGUAUAUUAGUCGGGAUAUUUAUUUGUUGUUGUACUUUCAUGAAAAUAAAAUAUUAAUAGCUCA